GUGGGCGAGACGCGGCCGGCCCGACCCCUCUUCUCCCAGGAGGGAGCCUCGAAACCCGGCCGGGAAACGCUGGCGCGGGGCUGGGAGCUCCGCGGACGUCGGAGAGCCGAGCUGCUAGGGCGACCCGGCGCCCGCAGGUGCCGGGACGCCCGGGCCCGCGCCCUGGGGGAGGGGGUCCAGCCGCAGGGUCGGGCACGUUACGCCGCAGCGAGUGGCCCAUCUGCGCGGCUGUGCUGGAAGGCGGGGGGCCGGGGACAGAUGCACACCCAAGGGCUGGGGACGUGACGGGCGCCGGUCCAGCAGGCUCGGGAACUGCGCUAACAGCCGCAUCUCCCCUCUCCCGGACUGCGACUUGGACCCCGGUCCUGACCCAUCGGGAACCUGAGCAUUUACUUGGUCGAACACCAGAGCCCCUGGAAUUGAAGGGGACGUGCAAAGGCAGGGCCCUGCCCCCAGGGGCUUGCAAUCUCAGCCUCCUACUUCGGCAGUAGUUAGGUCUCUUCUAUUGGUACAACACGACCGCCCGCUGUUAGCCACUUCUUUGCAGGGUAUAUUAUAAAUCACCUGAGAUUUUAGUCUGUCCGCGGUGCCACUUUAUAACUCCUCUGCUAUAGAUCUCGAUGUGGUGGAGAUGGAGGACUCAGAACCAAGGAUUUCCAAGUGAUUUCUUCCAAAGCACGAGAAACUAACUCUGUUAAGCCUGCUCUGUUCUAACUGAGAUGACAGUCAUGUCCCUUUCCAGGGACCUCAAGGACGACUUUCACAGCGACACAGUGCUCUCCAUCUUGAAUGAGCAGCGCAUUCGGGGCAUUUUAUGUGAUGUCACUAUCAUUGUGGAAGACACCAAAUUUAAAGCCCACAGCAAUGUCCUGGCUGCCUCAAGCCUUUAUUUCAAAAAUAUCUUUUGGAGCCAUACCAUCUGUAUUUCCAGCCACGUCCUGGAGCUGGAUGAUCUCAAAGCCGAAGUGUUUACAGAAAUCCUUAAUUAUAUCUACAGCUCCACAGUCGUCGUCAAGAGACAAGAAACAGUCACUGAUCUUGCAGCUGCAGGAAAAAAGCUGGGAAUAUCCUUCUUGGAAGAUCUUACCGAUCGCAACUUUUCAAAUUCCCCAGGUCCUUAUGUAUUCUGCAUUACCGAGAAGGGAGUGGUUAAAGAAGAAAAAAAUGAAAAAAGGCAUGAAGAACCAGCCAUCACUAAUGGGCCAAGGAUCACAAAUGCAUUUUCCAUCAUCGAAACAGAAAAUAGUAAUAACAUGUUUUCUCCACUGGACUUGAGGGCAAGUUUCAAAAAGGUCUCCGACUCCAUGAGAACCACCAGCCUUUGCCUGGAGAGGACUGACGUCUGCCACGAGGUGGAGCCCGUGCGCACCCUCGCCGAGCACUCCUACGCCGUGUCUUCCGUGGCCGAGGCUUACAGAAGUCUGCCUGUACGGGAACGGGACAGCAGUUCACCUGGGAAAACAGGUAAAGAAAACUGCGAAGCUGUUGCAGCAAAACCGAAAACAUGCCGAAAGCCAAAGACACUCUCCGUACCCCAGGAUUCGGAUUCACCUCCAGAAAAUAUACCCCCCCCUCCAGCAACCAACUUGGAAAUGAAUCAAGAAGGAAGUCCACAGCCGGCUGCAAUUCUUUCCCUUUCAAAAUCUCCCAACAACAGCGAAGGAGAGGUCCAUUUUCCCAGGGCAGAUGAAAAUAAAUCCUCUGAUGUCCCCACGCUGCCAGCCACAGAGGUGCCGCCUCUCAUUUACAAUUGCAGCUGUUGUUCCAAAUCUUUCGACAGUAGCACUUUGCUCAGCGCCCACAUGCAGCUUCACAAGCCAACCCAGGAGCCCUUGGUGUGCAAGCAUUGCAACAAACAGUUCAGCACCCUCAACAGACUGGAUCGGCACGAGCAGAUCUGUAUGAGGUCAAGCCACAUGCCCGUUCCUGGAGGGAAUCAGCGCUUCUUAGAAAACUAUCCCACCAUUGGGCAGAAUGGAGGUGCAUUCACAGGUCCCGAACCUUUAUUAUCUGAGAAUAGGAUUGGUGAAUUUUCCAGUCCCGGAAGUACCUUGCCAGAAACAGAACACAUGGUUAAAUUUGUUAACGGGCAAAUGCUCUACAGCUGCGUAGUAUGCAAACGUAGUUAUGUGACUUUAUCCAGCCUCCGAAGACAUGCCAAUGUUCACUCGUGGAGAAGAACGUAUCCUUGCCAUUACUGCAACAAAGUGUUUGCAUUGGCUGAGUACAGGACAAGACAUGAGAUUUGGCACACAGGAGAAAGGCGGUAUCAGUGCAUUUUCUGCCUGGAAACGUUCAUGACCUACUAUAUACUCAAAAACCACCAGAAGUCUUUCCAUGCCAUCGAUCAUAGACUUUCCAUCAGUAAAAAAACAGCAAACGGGGGCUUGAAGCCUAGUGUCUAUCCAUAUAAGCUUUAUAGGCUCCUGCCCAUGAAAUGCAAGCGGGCUCCUUACAAGAGCUACCGACAUUCUUCCUAUGAAAAUACUCGAGAAAACAGUCAGAUGAACGAGUCUGCACCCGGCCCCUAUGUUAUUCAGAAUCCGCACGACUCUGAGUUGCCUACUCUGAAUUUCCAGAACAGUGUAAACACCUUGACCAGCAGUCCAGCCAUCCCACUGGAAACACCAGCACGUCAGGAUGUACCCACUUCCACCAGUGCGCAAAACGCAGAGGGUACCAAAUGGGGAGAGAGGGGAGAGUUGAAAGUUGAUCUGGACAACAACUUUUAUUCAACGGAGGCGUCAGUUUCUUCCACUGAAAAUGCCGUCGGUUCAGGCCUCCGGGCAGGGGACGCGCCCGUGUUGUCUGUGAGUAAUGGCAGUGAGAACUCCACCUCUGUGAUCAGCUACAGUGGCUCAGCCCCCUCGGUCAUCGUGCACAGCAGCCAGUUUUCAUCGGUGAUAAUGCACAGCAAUGCCGUUGCUGCCACAAGCAGCCACAACCCCAGAGCCCCUUCAGACCUGGCUGGCAGUCAGACCCCGAAAGACGAUGGCAAACCCGAGCCGGACAAAGUGGGGAGGGUUGUCAGCAGACCCAAGAGCAUGAAGGAGAAAAAGAAAACCAUCCUGUGUAACAGGGGAGAAGUACCAGAGGAGUCCAGAUACAUUGCUGAUCCUGGAGGGUCAUUGAGCAAAACCACAAACAUCAUUAAAGAAACUAGUAAAAUUGAAACUUACAUCGCAAAGCCUGCUCUCCCGGGAACCUCCACAAACAGCAACGUGGCGCCCCUUUGCCAGAUAACGGUGAAAAUCGGGAACGAAGCCAUUGUGAAAAGGCACAUCCUAGGAUCUAAAUUGUUCUAUAAAAGAGGGAGGAGGCCCAAGUACCAAAUGCAGGAGGAGACUCCGCCGCGAGAGAGUGAACAGGAAACCAACGGAGACAGCCCGAUCGGGCUCUGCCAGUCCGAGUGCGUGGAGAUGAGUGAGAUGUUUGACGAUGCCAGUGACCAGGAUUCCACGGACAAACCAUGGCGCCCUUACUACAACUACAAACCCAAAAAGAAAUCCCGACAGUUGAGAAAAAUGAGGAAAGCCAACUGGAGGAAGGAGCAUGAAAACAGGAGCCCGAGCAGCAAAUGUAAAUACCCGGCCGAACUGGACUGCGCAGUGGGGAAGGCUCCCCAGGAGAAGGCCUUCGAGGAAGAAGAAAAUAAAGAGAUGCCCAAGUUGCAGUGUGAGCUCUGCGACGGAGACAAAGCCUCUGGGGCUGGGAAUCAAGGGAGGCCCCACCGGCAUCUCACGGCCAGGCCUUAUGCGUGUGAGCUCUGCUCCAAGCAGUUCCAGAGCCCCUCCACCCUGAAGAUGCACAUGAGGUGUCACACGGGAGAGAAGCCGUACCAGUGCAAGACCUGCGGACGGUGCUUCUCGGUGCAAGGUAACCUACAGAAACACGAGCGCAUCCACCUGGGCGUGAAGGAGUUCGUCUGUCAGUAUUGCAACAAGGCCUUCACGUUGAACGAGACCCUCAAAAUCCACGAAAGAAUCCACACUGGUGAAAAGCGAUACCACUGUCAGUUCUGCUUUCAGAGUUUUUUGUAUCUCUCCACGAAAAGGAAUCAUGAGCAGAGGCAUAUCCGGGAGCAUAAUGGGAAGGGCUAUGCCUGCUUCCAGUGCCCCAAAAUUUGCAAAACAGCUGCUGCCCUUGGAAUGCACCAGAAGAAACACUUAUUCAAAAGCCCAAGUCAGCGGGAGAAAACAGAAGGUGACACGGGCCACGAAAACUCAAAUCCCCUGGAGAAUCCACAUUUCAUUGAUUCAGAAGACAAUGACCAAAAGGAUAAUGGACAAACCGUUGUUGAUAAUGUCCUUUGAAUGGUGAUACUUAGAAAAAUCUUCGAAACUAUAAGUUGGUGGGUUUGAGUUUUUUUUUUUUUUUAAGUUAGCCGUUUUCUUUUGUUUCUGUUUAAUUUUGUUCACAUAACAGUCAUGAAGGAGUGAAAUGUAACAAAGAAAAUCUCAUUUGUGAAAAUUCCAGAAAAAGGAUCCUAAUAUCUACUUUGGGUUUUAGCAUUAACUUCAUGCAAAGUACACAAAAACAAAGUAGCUGAAUCUUCCAAUAUCCCAGGUGUCCUGUGAAAGUUUAUGAAGUUCUCAGCUAUGAUAUUUCUGCCAGUCGGGGGAAAGAAAAGAGUUUAAUUUUAGCGUAAUUUAAAACUUUCUGCUAAGUGCUAAUAGGAACUGGCUGCUGAACUGUCUUUAGUCACUGGAGAAAAUAAGGGUCAGAUGUCAUGAAAAUGUCAUCUUCAUAAAUAAGUUCAAAGGUAAAUGAGCUAUGACAGUCAUUAUUCCCAACCAGCUUCUAUUAAAAUUGUUUAAAUUAAUGGAUACAUAUGAAAUAAUAUAGUUGAAAAUAUGUGUGAAAUGAGUAACCCGAGUAGGACAUUCAUACAUUAUCUAGAACUACUUUUCUGCAACACAAACCUUGUAAAAUACAUAUAUAAAUCACUCUAACUUUUAACUGUCCAUGUCCCCUGUAGUGAAUUAUAAUGAUGAGCAAUAGAUCUGCAAAUAAUGAGGACUGAUGUAAAAAUCAGUAGAAAGCAUCUUGAAUAUUACUUAAGAGCAUGUGUAUGCUUUUAGAUGGAAUGCUGUUCUCUUGAAGUUAUGGCUGAGUUGUUAUUAGAACUGGUCUACUCAAGUCACAGAAAACAUAGGUCAUGCCUUAUCCAUGGGGGAGAGCCUUCCCAGAAGUUACCUGUGGUUACCUGUGCUGUGCUGUAUAUUACUUUUUAGUGGCCUCACUUCAGAAAAUGAAGAAAGGUCAAAUUCUUCUGAAACUCCCUGCAGUCUUCCAUCCGUCACAAGGCCAUGGACAUGGAGGUCUUUCCAGAUAGAUUUAACCAGUCUCAAGGGUUCAAGUAAAACCUGACGCCUUCCAUUGCCACUGAAGGAGUGUCCAGGAAAUUUAGCGCAAAGCAUGUGUACGGUGGUGAAUUCCCAGGCACUUGAAAGUGACAGAGAACCCAAUCCCUACAAUUGUUACCCUUCUUGGAGAUUAUGCAGCCCACAAAUACAUACUAUUUAAAAAAAAAAAAAAAGGACAAGAGAAACACACACCCCCACCCCACCCAUUAAUGACUUGAGGGGGCAGAGGGAGUGAUGACCUUCCUUGCCUCGAACAGAGCUUUGUUUUUGGGGGGUGGGGAGAUAGAACGUGGAGUGACAAGGUUCCAUCACUUACUUACAUGACUCAGAAAUACAUCCACAAACCAGAUGAUGCCUUGUCUUAAUGUUUGCAGGCAUCUAGCCCGCUUGCUAAAAACCACUUCCGUUUUUAAUGUUCUUUUAUGCUGACCCACACCAUCAACACUGCCCUCAAAAUCUAACUGCCCUAUAGGAUAUUCCGUCACGUGGACUAGGUUCCUGGGAGGCUGGAAGUCAUGAUUCUUACUUUUUAAACUGCCAGAAUAGGAGAGAGAGAGAGAACAUUCUUACCCUUUGAUGACCAGUAUGAGCAGAAUCUGGAACCCGGUUCAAGGAUGACCUGCAGCCAUUCAUGUUCAUGGGAUGUGAUAGCUGGAAACCCAAGAUUACCCAAGGUUGCAAGGUUACCAUUGUGAAGAAGUAGCUCAAAGGACUCCAGAUUCUCUCUUCAAGCGUUGUGAUAUCUCCAUGAAGAAGACUUAAUAAGGAUUGGGGUGGGCAAGAAAGCAUUUAAACACCCAGAAAAGGACAUGAUCAAAGCUGACCUUUUUAUACUAUAGUACUUUGCUGUUAAAUAACCCCAAUAUUGUAUUUGCAUUUAUCUUUUGUUCAUCUGCUUUCACUUACAAACAGUAUUAUGUAAUAGAGGAAAAUGGAAAAAUGCAAACGAGUUCAACUUUAUUUUAUACAUUGUAUAUAUGUAUACCUGCACUAUUCAUUUGGGUUUUGUUAAAAAGAUAGUUGCAAAGGGCUUAUGAAUAUUUGAAUUGAUAAUUAGAAAAUUGAAUAAGCAAUCCUGUGAUCUACUAAUUUGUUUUAUCUCAAUUAGGCGUAUGAAUCAAGGAGAAUUACUGUGUGUUUCAGUCAUUUUGAUUUGAGGUAACUCCAAAUACAGAAUUAUUACUUGUACUGAUGUCUCCCAGCCCUUCCAUGUGGAUAUUUUUUAAGUGGACUUGUAUGCUGAUAAUUCUAGACCAAAGUAAAUAUGGCAGAAUAUUUAUACAUGAAAAAAUAAUUUUGCAAAUAUUUUCUAUAAUUGUAUUAUUCGUUUAAAAUGUUGAUAGCUUGUGUUAGUUUCAGGGAGGGGUGUAUAUUUUGAUAAAAAAAAUACUUGACUUUGUAAUUCUGUAUAUUCUAUACAAUUUAUAGCAGAGCCGUUUUAAGACAGCCUUGUCGCAUUUUUUGUUAAUUGUGAAAAUUUUAUUCUAAGUGCUGUUUAUGCAUUGAGUACAUAACGACCAACUAGAAUUAAAGUAAGUGUGAACAGUGAACAUACUGUAUGCUGUACAAGAUAUAUUGUAAUUUGCUGUUUUAGCAUCUGUAUUUUGGUUAGAAGAUAUUAUUAAAUACAGAUGUUAAGGGUUGGAAAAGUCUAAUUUUAUUUUUAGAACUAAUGGAUAUAAAUUUGUUUUUGCUUGAUUAAAAUAGCUUAUUCCUAUGUUGUCUCUUUUUAAACGUUUUAGUGUUAAUUAUUUUGUGCAGCCAAGCAGCUAUUUCAUCUGUGUGAGUCACAGCAUUGUUUCACAUAUGAGUCAUACGAUAUAUUUCUGUUUCCUUUCUUGUUUACAUUCCAUGGUACCUGCUUACAUGCUUAGGACUCAAAUGGAAUAUGACAUUAAAAAAAAAGCAGAAUAAAAGAGACUGAACUCUU